UGUGGAUCAGUAGUCGAGCCCCUGCUGGAGCAGAGAGUCAGCCCGCCCCGCAGAGCCAGCAGACCGGGCUCUGUCGGUGCCUGUACCAAACACACUCAUCCUGGGGAGCAGCGGUGGAGCAGCAGCGGAUGUUCCGAGCUGUUGUGGACUUGCAAGAAUCUGCAAGAGCAGAUUGUUUUGUGUUGGCUAGUUGCUGUUGUUAGAAAAAAGUUGUUAGUGUCGCGGAUGCAUUCACUGUUGCGGGAAACACUGCGGGCUGGAACAUCUUGAUUGAGAGUGCACAAGAAGAGGCUGAGAGAGGAGAGAGGUACUGGAAUGAGAGCUCCCUGUUUUCUCCCUGUCUCCCCCGGACCUCCAGGAGGCGUACACCGGGUGACACUCUGAGAGAGAGACGGAGACAAGUGGAGGCAGCGAUGCAGGGCUCUCAUUGGGAGUGUGUGGUGUGUCUGACGCUGUCAGGGUGCCAUGGCUCUGGUUCAGGCACUACCUGUGACCGUGACUGACCACCCCAAUCCAGGUCUAGACGUCCAGCAGUGCCGGCCGCUAUCGUCCCACUCCCCCUCAGGCCCCUGCCCUGGUCCCUGUGGGCCCUGCAGCUCCGGGACAGCGAUGGGUUCUGUCAGCAGUCUCAUAUCAGGCCGAACAUACCAGGAGAGACACUGCCGGGCAGCCAGCGAAUUCUCCACCAAGUCACGCCGUUCCACACCGGCUACCAGCUGCUUCCGGCUCCAGGAUAACACCCUCCGCAGCGGGAGCUCCUUGGAGCAGCUUCUGGUUAUCAGCAACCAAACACAUCCCCAGACCCAGGUUCUGCCUCCACCGCUGCCCACCAAGAAGCAGCCCCGGCCGGGUAACUCUGCUGGAGCAGGGGGUGGAACAGUCACUGGAGCAGUAGGUGGUGGCACUAAUAAAAACUUGGGGUAUGUGAACGAUGAGGUGGUGGUCGGAGACUGGAACGACAACCUAGUGCUGGCAGCUGCAAGCCCCUGCAGUGACUCAGAGGAUCAAAGAGACAACAGGACUCUGAAUGGCAACAUUGGAGGACCUCCCCCUAAACUCAUCCCAGUGUCCGGACAGCUAGAGAAGAACAUGGAGAAAGUGCUGAUCCGUCCUACAGCAUUCAAACCUGUCGUUCCCAAGAAUCGCCACUCUGUGCAGUAUUUGUCACCACGGCCAGGAGGCAGCAGUCUGUCAGAGAGUCAAGCCAGCCUCAACUUACUCCUGCCCCUCGGAGGAUCCAACAGUGCCAGCGGCACGACAGGCAUUGGAGGGAGCAGCAGCUCCGGCUCUGAAGGGAAGCGCAACUCCUACAGCGGAGGCCGCAAUGCUCGGAGCAGCCAGUCCUGCUCCAUGUCAGAUUCAGGGAGGAACUCCCUUUCCAGCCUCCCUACUCACAGCAGCACAGGCUACAGUCUGGCCCCCAGUGAGGGCUCCAGCUCUGGGUCUGGCUCUGGUGGCCAGCUGGAGCCUGGGCCAGGCCUGGGCCGAAACACAUCAGGUGGAGGUGGAAGCCACGGCCACACUAACUCAGAUAGUGGACGUUCCUCAUCCAGCAAGAGUACAGGCUCGGGGUCGCUAAGUGGGCGCGGGCAGCCCCUGUCGGACAGCGGGUCCUGUGGCCACUCGUCGCCACCUGUGGAGGGCUACGAGGCUGUGGUGAGGGAGCUGGAGGAGAAGUUGAGGGAGCGAGACCUGGAGCUACAGCAGCUUCGGGAAAAUCUGGAUGAGAAUGAAGCGGCCAUCUGCCAGGUGUAUGAGGAGAAGCAGCGUCGCUGUGAAAGAGAGAUGGAGGAACUAAGACAGAGCUGUGGAACAAAGAUGAAGCAGGCAUCUCAGAAGGCCCAGAGGGCGCAGCAAGUGUUACAGUUACAGGUGUUUCAACUACAGCAAGAGAAAAAGAAGUUGCAGGAGGACUUCUCCUCUCUCCUGCAAGACAGAGAGACGCUGGAAAGGAGGUGUGCCACCAUCCAGAGGGAGCAGACCCAGCUGGGACCACGUCUGGAAGAGACAAAGUGGGAGGUGUGUCAGAAGUCAGGAGAGAUCUCCCUCCUGAAGCAGCAGCUGAAGGAGAUCCAGUCGGAGCUCAGCCAGAAAGCUGGAGACAUUGUAGUGUUGAAGGCCCAGCUGAGAGAAGCUCGCUCUGAACUGCAAGCCAGCCAGGUUCGAUCCCAGGAGGCCCAGGCGGCCCUGCGGACGCGGUCUCUGGAGCUAGAGGUCUGCGAGAACGAACUACAGAGGCGCAAGAGCGAAGCGGAGCUGCUCCGGGAAAAACUGGGUCGCUUGGAAGAGGAGUCAGCCCGCCUCCGAGACGCUAUGUCCAAUCACAAUGGACUGUCUCUACCUGGAAAUGCAACCAUGAAGGGCCAAUGCAUGAGCCUCCCCCUUCAGCAGGGUAGAGGCGUGGCAGGAAGGGGCGGUCCUAGUCCCUGUGUGUACCGCGAUGGAGAGGAGACUCAUCUGGUCUGGGGAGGAGAGAGUGAUGAAGCCAAGGCACAGAGGCAGAAUGCAGAAACAGUGUUGGGACUGAGACAGCAGGUGGACAGGCUGAAGGCUGAACUCAUGUAUGAGAGGAGGACUAGUGAGGAGCAUCUUUCACGGUUUGAGGAUGAGAGAAGGGUGUGGCAGGAGGAGAAGGAAAAGGUAAUCCGCUACCAGAAGCAACUGCAGCAGAACUACAUCCAGAUGUACCGUCGAAACCGGGAUCUUGAGCGAGUGAUGAGGGAGCUCAGUCUAGAGCUGGAGAACAGGGACAUGGAGGACUACGAGGUCCACAGUGGCAGCAACGACAUCCACUUUGAGGAAAUCACCGCCACUGAGAUCUAAAAACAAAAACACUCACACACUUACAGUAAUAUGUGCACAGAAAUAUGGAAACAACAAACUCUGAGGAUGUAAACCAAACAUUGAACUCCAGGCCAAAUACUGCACUACCUUCAACAUGGCUUUACCUGGACCACUGAGCGGGCACUCACCACUUGUCACUGUCAAAAGGGAGAUCUCCCCAAAGGUGCAUUCUUACUUUCUGCUAACAGACUCUAAUAAAUCCCUAUGAGGCGUCCUUUCCGGAGCUUUCUAUGGGUUUUAUUCCACUACAAAGCCAGCACAAAGACUUCUUUCCUUUUACAGGAGGAGCAAAAGCAGCGAAAGAAGUUUUUCUUUCUCAGACCAUGUUCAAAUCAGGGUAUUGAAAAGCUCGAAGGGAACUUAAAGCAAAAAAGUUACUACAUGCACAGCGAUCUGGUCAAAACGCAGUCACACCUUUCUUGGUAGCACACAUGGUUAAAGACCUGGCCACCAGCACGCAUGUCACGAUGCAUCACACAGUCCAUUUCAACAAAGAUGACCUUAAUGAUGACCUCAUCACACGUCCAAACUGUGCUCAUGGGCGACACAAACAACAACCACCGCCGCACUCAUCCUCCAAGUAACUGCUAAAGGGAAAACGACACUGAAUAUUACAUUAUGGUGUUGAGAGGAUCAGCAGUUCAUUUCAUUUUACAAAUUAUAAAAGGCGUAUUUCCUCAGCA